GGCUCAGCUCAGCACGGCUCGGCUCAGCACGGCUCGGCUCGGCUCGGCUCGGCUCGGCACGGAGCGCGGUCCCCGGAGCCGCAGGGAUGGCGCCCGUGGGGACCAAGGCCGCCCCGUCCUGCCGGUGAGGUGCCCACUGCCCCCAGCCCAGCCUGGCCGUGCUGCCCACGAUGAACAAGCUGCCCUUCCACAACAACCGAGUCAUGCAGGACCGCCGCAGCGUGUGCAUCUUCCUCCCCAACGACGACUCCCUCAACAUCAUCAUCAAUGUGAAGAUCCUGUGCCACGAGCUCCUCGUGCAGGUGUGUGACCUCCUGAGGCUGAAGGACUGCCACCUCUUUGGGCUCAGCGUCAUCCAGAACAAUGAGCACGUCUACAUGGACCUGGCCCAGAAACUCUACAAGUACUGUCCCAAGGAGUGGAAGAAGGAGGCCAGCAAGGGGAUCGACCAGUUUGGCCCCCCCAUGAUCAUCCACUUCCGAGUGCAGUACUACGUGGAGAAUGGUCGGCUGAUCAGUGACCGCACGGCACGGUACUACUACUACUGGCAUCUGCGCAAGCAAGUGCUGCACUCACAGUGUGUGCUGCGAGAAGAAGCCUAUUUCCUGCUCACUGCCUUCGCCCUGCAAGCUGACCUGGGAGACUUCAAACGCAACAAGCACUAUGGGAAGUACUUCGAGCCCGAAGCCUAUUUUCCUGCCUGGGUGGUGGCAAAGCGGGGCCGGGACUACAUCCUGAAGCACAUCCCCAACAUGCACAAAGAUCAGUUUGCCCUGACGGCCUCUGAAGCCCACCUGAAGUACAUCAAGGAGGCUGUGCGGCUGGACGACGUGGCCGUGCACUACUACCGGCUGUACAAGGACAAGAGGGAGGUGGACGCGUCGCUGACACUGGGGCUGACGACACGGGGCAUUCAGAUCUUCCAGAACCUGGAUGAGGAGAAGCAGCUGCUCUAUGACUUCCCCUGGACCAACGUGGGCAAACUGGUGUUUGUGGGCAAGAAGUUUGAGAUCCUUCCUGACGGGCUGCCAGCCAGGAAGCUCAUCUACUACACGGGCUGCCCACUGCGCUCCCGACACCUCCUGCAGCUGCUGAGCAGCAGCCACCGGCUGUACAUGAACCUGCAGCCCGUGCUGCGACAGGUCCGCAGGCUGAGAGAAUGAGCGGUAAAGAAGAAGCAGUACCGUGAGUCGUACAUCCAGCGACAUCCGCUGGACCUGGACAUGGAUCAGCUGGAGAAGCGCUCGCGGGCCAGUGGGAGCCAGGCGCCGGCAGCAUCCGGCACAAGCGCCUGUUCCCGGCACUCCAACCACAGCCACAGCAGCUCCCACACCUCGGGCAUUGAGGCUGACCCCAAACCCCGGGAUAUGGGACCUGAGGAUGCUGGUGUCCACCGCAAGCUGAAGACCUGCAGCUCCAUGACCAGCCACGGCAGCUCCCACACCUCGGCGUGGAGAGUGGGCAAGGACAGGCUGGAGGAUCUGCAGGAUGACGAGAUUGAGAUGCUGGUGGAUGACCCUCGGGAGCUGGAGAGAGCGGGCGAGCUGGCACUGGAGGUGAGCCCCGACAUGUGUGUGUACAUCACCGAGGACAUGCUGCUGUCACGCAAGUUCAACGGGCACUCAGGGCUGAUCGUAAAGGAGCUCAGCUCCUCCACCUCCAGCUCCUCAGAGACGGUGGUGAAGCUCCGUGGGCACACCGACUCCUUACCCCAGACGGCGUGCAGGAAACCCAAAACGUCGACGGAUCGGCACAGCCUGAGCCUGGACGACAUCCGGCUCUACCAGAAGGACUUCCUGCAGCUGGCAGACCUGUGCCAGGACACGGCGCAGAGCUUCACCUUCGGCUGCAGCCACGGCCUGGGCGACGACGGCCUCUACUGCAACGGCUGCCUGGCCCGGCAGUGCCUCAACAUCCAGGAGGGUUUCCCCGCCAACGGACCAGCCAAAUACUUCUCACUGGACCUCACCCACGAUGAAGUCCCUGAGUUCGUCGUCUGAAGGCGCUGGGGACAGCACUGGCUGCUGCCCAGGGGGGUCCGGGCCCCACCGAGCCCCAGUGUGUCUACCCAACCCUCCCCACCAUGGGGACGGCUGAGCUCAGAGCAGGGCUGGGGGAUGGGGAUGGGUUCCUCAGCAUCCUUCCGCCUCUGGAAGUUGAUGUGUGUGCGUGAAUCUCAUUUCACCUCGGAGAAGCUCAAGGCGCUCAUCCAGCCAAAGCCAACCCCUGGUUUCCCAGUGGCAAAAUGGGGAUUCUCCCCCACCCCGACCCCUGUCCUUGGCAUUGCCUGCUGGGAAGGAAAGGCCAGACUGCUGCGUCCAAGUCAAGCCAAAGAGAUGUAAAUAC